UCUGACAUCUCGAUGUAAACAAAAGUAUUCAAAUUUAUGUGCUGGCUUCAAUCAUUCCGCGUCCUGUAACUUUUUGCUCAAAGUGUCAAAAACAACAUCAUAACAUGCCGUCUGAUCAGAUCCAAUACUCGGAAAAAUAUUAUGAUGAAGUCUAUGAAUAUCGCCAUGUGAUUCUCCCACAGGAUUUGGCCCGCAACGUGCCUAAAACGCAUCUCAUGACGGAAACCGAAUGGCGCAAUUUAGGAGUUCAGCAAUCCCCAGGUUGGGUGAUGUAUAUGAUGCAUGCACCAGAGCCACACAUACUAUUGUUCCGACGACCACGAACGAACGCUCCGAAAAAAACCGCCAACGCUCCAACAUGCUCGGCGGGACAAGGUUCUUCCAAACUGGCAGCAUAGGUUUUUUCAUGGAUUACCUGCAACUCAUAUUCAGCUAGAUGUUAACGAGCCAUAUUCCUCUGGGCAAAAGAUUCCACUCAGUGGAAGUGAUGAGACAGACUUUCUUUUGAAAAGAACAAAUGUUUAUAUAGUAUGUACUGUUUAUUUAAGGAUUCAAUAAAUUAUAAUUAUAAUAUUUAAA